AUGCGAGUGGCCACACGUUUGGAGGCGGCGGCCCUCACGUGCGAAAAGAACAACGCGCUGCUUCUCCCGUUGGCGGUGACGACGUUAGGCAUGGUAUGCGCGUGGAAGAUCUGUUCGCGCUGCCUUCUCCGCGUGCAUCCUAGCUGCGUCACUGUUGUGUACGAGACCCGGCGGAACUCGAUUCUAUCGUCCUCGAUGGAUAAGGGGCACAAGGCGAGUGAUGAGCUUCCGCAGAUCUCUCACUUUCGCCCCGCGAUGUACGUUAUUGGGAUGCUGCUAUAUCGCAGCAAGAGCCUCGUGGUUGUGCCACCGUCCUCAUUCUUUAGCACCUUCACGUUGCCCCGCACCGUCCUUGACGAGCAGGGAGACGGGGAGGCAGUAGAUUGCACGGUAGAAGGCAUUCAUGUCACAGAUGGAGAAAUGCGCAUGGUGCUGACACUGCGGUACUGUAUCCCGUUCGAUCAGCUCGAGCGGUACUUGGCGGCCGUUGGGCCAGCGCCGCCGAAUGAGCGGAUUGCUGUGGCCGCUGCGGCUGUCGCCAAGGCUCGAGGUGCGGAACUGUCUGUUGGUCUGAUUCUUAACAGGUCGAGGCGGGACGCUGUGUUCCUAGCUCCGUUUCGAGAGCAUCUCUCGUCGAAGCUGAUGUCGGAGGCGGCUGUGAAGCUGAUAGAUGCCACCGUAGAGAGUGUCGAAAUCGCCGAGAGGCAAGGGAGCACGUAG